CCCACUGGAAAAAUCUUUCGGUGGGUCAUCAGGCUCGGUUUCACUGGGCAGGGAGCCACAGCGUGCGUCUCGCAGCACCAGACAAGCUGCGAGCGCGCUUGAUGCAGAGGUUCAAGGGGUGUUCGUGUGCGGGCGCUUGUUGCACCUACUAGACGGGCCAGGCAGGGGGCUCGCGGGAGGAGACGGGCUCAGGGCAAGCGCAGCGAGCGGGCAAAGGGCCCCAGCGCACUGCUGGCCACCUGCCCGGGCGGAGCGGCGGAUCUGGGCUCGGUGGAGAGGAGGAGGCCUCACAGGUCCUGUGAGUGAAAGAAGAUGGGGUCUGGCUGCCUAAAAGUCACCAAGUACUUCCUCUUCCUUUUCAAUCUCCUGUUCCUUAUUCUGGGUGCUGUUAUCCUGGGAUUUGGAAUAUGGAUUCUGGCCGACAAAACCAGUUUCAUUGCCGUUCUACAGAUGUCAUCUCCCUCCCUGAAGACUGGUGCAUACAUCCUCAUUGGCGUUGGGGCGCUCACCAUGCUGAUGGGGUUCCUGGGCUGUCUUGGAGCUGUCAAUGAAAUCAGAUGUCUCUUGGGUCUGUACUUCACCUGCCUGAUGAUAAUCCUCUUAGCUCAGAUUGCUGCUGCACUGGUCAUCUACUUCCAGAAAGAAACGUUGAAAGGUGAGUUGUCUGACAUAGUUGUAGAGCUGAUUGAAGAUUAUGACCCUGCGGAUGAAAAUCAGAGGAACUUGCGAGAUGCAUGGGACUACGUGCAGACACAGAUCGCCUGCUGUGGCUGGACUGGAGCAAAGGAAUGGGAAAAUAAUGAGAUUCUUAAGAACAAAAGCAAUACUGAGUAUCCGUGCUCCUGCUCCAAUAGAUCUAAGGACUUAGUGGAAGGAGGAGCUUUCUGUAGUCUGGAAGACCCUGUCAAUGGCACUGCAACAUCUGCUGACUGGCCUGUUCAUGAGCAGGGAUGCAUGGAUGGUGUAGAGCAGUGGCUGAAGGACAACCUUGGUAUCAUUCUUGGGGUUUGCACUGGUGUUGCUGUUAUAGAGCUGCUGGGGAUGAUACUGUCCAUUUCGCUUUGCAAGAAUAUACACAGCGAAGACUACACCAAAGUGCCCAAGUCCUGAGUUGGCUGACUCCAGAGCUACGGCACCACAGAGAAUGGAGCAAACAGAACAUUCCUGCCUCAUACCCAGACUGUCCAACCAUUGACCAUUACUCCUGUGACAUCCCAUUUCUGAUACCGCUCUGCUAAGAACUGUUAGAGCUGCAACACAGCCUGAUCUUCUGGCAAUAGGGCCCUUGGGCUGCCUGCAUCCCGCCUCUGGAUUAUUUCUACUUCAAGAAGCAGAACUUAAACUGUCUUGUGUCACAUGAGACACCGAUUAACCUGAGGGGACGAUGCUUUUGCUGCCUGCUCCAUGUUAAACAAUACUAUUCAUAUCCUCAUUCUACAACCCACUGGGCCUAACAUACAGUAACUUUUCUCCCCCUUGCUCUUCUCCUGCACAUCUUUUCACCUCCCCCUUGAAGUCCCACGAGCCAGGAAUUCUGCUGAGAUUCCAGUACUUUGGUAGCUUCACUUGCUUCACUGACUUGUGGUGGUAACUAGUCAUGCUUUAUAGGCCUUCUAUUCCCUUGCAGUUAACCUGAUUCAGCUCCUAGUAUGCAUCUUCCAGCCUAGGUUCUCAUCUGAAAUACAGAGUGCUACUGUCACACUCACUUCUCCUGUUUCUGGAGUCAGCUAUGCCUUGCCUUCAGUGGAGCUCUGCCCUUUGAGUGUGAUGAGAAGCCACUGGGAGGGAGCCAAGCCCACCUAUUUAUUCCUAGUGUGACCUGGCAGAUUGUGGUGUUGGUGCUCAGCUACUUCUGGAAUGGAUCCCUUGGGUUUUGGAUUUGACACGUUUCUCCUGUUUGCCUCUUUAACUUUUCCUCUCCCCCUAGCUCUGCUUUGCUGGCUCCUGUCAGCUUGGAGGUUACUUCAGAGACUGCUGCACACUGUGGACUCAGCCCCAGGCUGGCCCUGUUGUUUGCAUUCUCGGGUUGCCAACUUUAUAGAGGUUACAAUUAAUUUGAUUCUUCCCCUGCUCCUUUAUGAACAUAAAAUUUGAUAGCUGUGGCUUUAGAUAUGAGUAUGGAGGGAUCUGACUGGAUUGCUGAUGCUGUAUACUGGGAAUAUCACUGCUAUCAAUCCCCAGUAUGGGUUCUGUAGCUGGGAUGCAAAGAUAAAUUGCUUUUAUUUCAGUUGUCCAUUCUUGUGACUCCACUGUGGUCUGGAGCCAUGGCUGCAUCCUGAGUUCUGCCUCAAGUGCCAGCACUGCAGCAGAUGAGUAGCAGGUUCUGCAGUUGUGCAGGCUGCAGGUUUCUGUGCUAAUGGCUGGGGUGUUUGCUCUAUUGAGCCAGUGGCCAGCAGCAAGGAGUGGUGUAGACCAGAAGAAGGUAGGAAAUGCACAUGAAACACUGCCCCAACUGCUUACAUAAGAGAGCUGGGUGCAAAUCCUCAGUUUUAGAGGUGUCUUGGGCACAGCAGUUGCUGCUGUUACACGUGGUACAAUGGCUGUGACAUCAGGAAGCUGUGUGGGAGAAAAGUGGAUGGUCCUUGCCAGGUGCCUGUUACAAGGUCCUUGGUGAGAGAGCCUUUGCCUUACAGAGGUGGUUCCAGGACUGUCUCCUGUCAGGGGCGGGGCAGGUAGUAGUAACCCUAGUAGCAGUUCCAAGGAGUGGUUUCACUACCUGCUUGGUUUUCCUUCUGGGCAGAAAGGCUGGUGCAGGGAAUCAGGGCCCCAGCAGUGGGUCCCUGCUCUGUCCUCCUCUUUGGACAGAGCAAUGACCGGGGAGAGUGACUGGGCAACUGGUUUUUAUGGAGGUCUGAUAAGGCUUUGCAAUUUCGAGGUAUCUGCCCCUUCCUGCACAGAUCCUUCAAGCUGACCUUUGCUGUAGCAGAAGGCACCCUUAGCAGUAAAGCUUGCUAGCUUUUGUAACACAAAGUCUAUUCUCUAAUGUGUUCUUAUUUGUAAGAUUCUUGUUCAGUUACAGAUGCCAAUGCUGAGCAGCAAGUAAAAAGGAGCCCAUUCUGGAUUUCCUUUUUUGUUUUUGUCUGUUUUUAGCUACAACUUCCUACUGGAAGAAAUGCAUGUACAGAUAUAAAAGACUAGAGGGUGAAUAUUUCUGUAAUAAAGACUUUGCUAAAAAAU